AUGGCUCCAACAACCCUCUCAGAUAACCACCCCGCCAUCCUCUCCCUCCGCACCGCAGCCCUCCUCACCUCCGCCACGGGCUUCAUCUCCCUCGCCUGGUCCAUCACACAUCACAAGGGCAUUUCCGAUGACGGAGCGGGGAGCAUCAGCUCCAUCGUCUUGGGAGCCAUCGCAUACGCCUUCCUCUGGUCCCUCGUCGCCCUGACAAUACGACUAAUCCCCCGCCGCAUCCACCCUGGUAUAUACCUCGCCUUUGACCUGAUUGCGUUCCUGGCGAAUGCGAUUACGGGGAGCAUCGGGCUAGCGGUGCUGGCGCCGGCGAUGGAGGGCGGGUAUAGCUGUUACUCUGCCGGUUGUGACGGGGAUGCAGUACUCCGAGUGGAGAUAUUUGCGUAUGUGGUUGUGUUUGUGAAUGUGUAA